UUUUUUUUGAUACAAUCUAUCUGUUUUCAGCUUUAAAUAUCUUCCAAAUCCAGUUCUUUUUUUCUGAGAAAUUUAUGGAAACGUUGAAUCAACAGGGUGAAAGAGGAAGGCAGGAUCAAUGGAUGAACAUUUAGCUGCAAGAUAUUGGUGCCACAUGUGCUCAACAAUGGUGAAUCCGAUAAUGGGAGCUGAGAUCGAGUGCCCAAUCUGCAAUGGUGGAUUUGUUGAAGAGAUGAAUUGGGGAGGAGAAGCAGCCACGCCUCCUGACCUAGAAUCGAACAGAGACCUCUCUCUUUGGGCUCCCAUCUUGCACAGAAUGCUCAGUGGUGGCUCCAUGAGGCAUCGCCGCAUCCACCGCGAAGAAGAAGAGGGCAACUCUGACCGGGACCAUGACACUGAAGCAGCCCUUAUCCGGUGGCAGCAACGGAGCUCAGCCAUUCUUCGAAUCCUCAAUGACCUCAGGGAGGGCAAUGUGUUGGGUUCUGAUGGAGAUGAUAAUGAUAGGGCGAGGGAAAGAGACAGGGUACACAUACUUAUGGAUCUCAUCAACAAUGCCAUAGAUGGCUCUCUAGACGCAAACCUUCCACGAGGACAGAGCUCAAACAACAGCAACAAUGGCGACUUGUUGAGAGAUUACUUCCUCGGAUCGAGCCUAGAGCUUCUCCUACAGCAUUUGGCAGAGAGUGAUCCAAAUUUCUAUGGCACUCCACCUGCUCAAAAAUCAGCAGUGGAGGCAAUGCCCACUGUGAAGAUUACGGAGAACAUGAGCUGUUCAAUCUGCUUGGAUGAUUUCGAAAUCGGCACCCAGGCCAGGGAGAUGCCUUGCAAGCAUAAGUUCCACGGCAAUUGCAUCCUGCCGUGGCUUGAACUCCAUAGUUCAUGCCCAGUUUGCCGAUUUCAGAUGCCUUCGGAGGAGUCAAAGGUCUCGGAUGCUGCUAAUAGGGAGGAGCUUCAUGCUGCUGGUGGUGGUAGCACCGGUAGUAGCGACAACGGCAAUGGAGGGAGCGAGAGGGGCUCCUGGCUGCCAGUUCCUUGGCCUUUUAAUGGCUUGUUCUCUUUGCUGGGGUCUCACCGGAGUGGAACUUCAUCCUCAACGCAGCCGUCUUCUUCAACAUCACCCACCAGAGGGCUGAAAUUUACCAUUCUGAUAAAUUUCUGAAGAUGGAUAAUCUCCCAUCUGUGAGUAGUAGUAGUCUAAGAUGAAGUCCAAAACUAAUGACAAUUUAACUAAUAUAUGUGAUAUUCUUAUAGCUUGUCUC